ACAAGACGACUGUUAACUAUCAAAGAUGUUGCGUUUCUUUCGACGAACGCUGGGACGUCGGUCUAUGCGCAAGCAUGUGGAGAAGGAGCGACUGCGAGAGGCCCAAAGAGCUGUCACCCACAUCCCUGCAGCUGGAGAUGCAAAAUCCAUCAUCACUUGUCGAGUAUCAUUGCUGGAUGGAACUGAUGUCAGUGUGGACUUACCGAAAAAAGCCAAAGGCCAACAUCUGUUUGAACAGAUCAUGUACCAUUUGGACCUCAUUGAAAAUGACUACUUUGGGCUGAGGUUCAUGGAUUCUGCACAAGUGGCACAUUGGUUGGAUAACACAAAGAGCAUUAAAAAACAAGUUAAAAUUGGCCCACCAUACUGUCUGCAUCUUCGUGUAAAGUUUUACUCCUCUGAACCUAACAAUCUCCGUGAAGAGUUAACAAGGUAUUUAUUUGUUCUUCAGCUAAAACAGGAUAUUCUCAGUGGAAAAUUGGAAUGCCCGUUUGACACAACCGUCCAGUUGGCAGCUUAUACUUUACAAGCUGAACUUGGAGACUAUGAUCCCGCUGAACAUAUUCCUGACCUGGUGUCUGAGUUUAGGUUUGUGCCCACUCAAACUGAAGAGAUGGAACUGGCCAUUUUUGAGAAGUGGAAGGAAUACAGAGGCCAAACACCAGCCCAAGCUGAAACUAACUAUUUGAACAAAGCUAAGUGGCUGGAAAUGUAUGGGGUGGACAUGCACAUAGUCAAGGCAAGGGAUGGCAAUGAUUACAGCCUUGGACUGACCCCGACGGGAGUUCUGGUGUUUGAAGGUGACACGAAGAUUGGUCUUUUUUUCUGGCCAAAGAUAACCAGACUGGACUUCAAGAAGAACAAAUUAACACUAGUAGUUGUUGAAGAUGAUGAGCAGGGGAAGGAGCAGGAGCACACUUUUGUGUUUAGGCUGGAUCACCCCAAAGCCUGCAAACACUUGUGGAAGUGUGCAGUGGAACAUCAUGCUUUCUUCCGCCUCAGGGGACCUGUCCAAAAAGGCUCAAGCCGAUCAAGCUUCAUUCGACUGGGGUCACGGUUCAGAUACAGUGGGAAAACAGAAUAUCAGACAACCAAGACCAACAAAGCCAGAAGAUCAGCAUCCUUUGAAAGGAGGCCCAGCAAGCGAUAUUCAAGGAGAACACUACAAAUGAAAGCAAACGUUGCAAAACUGGAAGAAACAAGCAUUCCAAACAACGUCUUAAAUCAAAAUAAUGGAUCACAAAGCUGGAAUGCAAAGCCGACCCUGCCUGUCAUGACAGUUUCAUCGGGCCCAGUCUUAGUGGAAAUAGAAAACCUUCCUAGGAGCCCUGGAGCCAGCCUGCAAGACAAGAAAUGGCCCCUUGAUGCUGCCGACCGCUGUCAACAUGGUGGAAGUGUGUGGAACGCAUGGGCCCCGUCCUCGACCCACUCUGCGGAUAGACACUACACUGCUUUUGUCCAUGAGCGCAAUGUGAAGAAUUCAGGAAUUCAUAGUGAUGCCAUUGGUUAUGCUGUCCAAACGACCAUGACUGAUCUAUGAGACAUGAUCCUUUUUGGAGCUUGAGGCUGCUCUGUAACUCAGUCUGAAAUGUUACAUUUUCUGAGUUGACUUUAAGAUAGGGACAAAGGACCCAGAGCUGUUUAAAAAAACCCAGACCUUGUGCCCAAGCCCCUGCAUAUGGUGCUGUUGUAUAGAAUCUUUUAAAGAAAAAAAUAGCAUACACACUACUAGUUUGUUACCCCAGGUAUUCUUUUACUGAAGAGUAUGUGUAUCUUUUUAAUUGUGUUAAGAUUUUUCUUAACAAUUAAAUGAUUUUAGUUUGUAACUCCGAGGAUCCCUGGAGGAGUUCAUAUUUGUAACACAGCUGGGUAUUGUACGUGUGGUAUUAAGUGUGAGUUUAGAAAUCUAUCAGUGAUAUGUAACUGCCCUUCUUCUUGGGCCAUAAUUAUUUGUUUUAAAAGGCAUGGGAGAAAUGGGUGACUUACAGUUCAAUCGCUUUGUGGGUAACAGGAGCUGUAGUUAUUUUAUUUGAAAAUGUUUCUUAGAUUUUAAAUGAAAUUUCAUUUUAAAAACUCAGAACAAAUCAGAACAUCUGAAAAGGUGCAGAAGAGAAUUUUCUUCUUUUGUUUCUUCCCAAGUUUUCAUUGUACAGAAGGCUUGAAGGCUUUUGCUAUUAGCAGAACAGCUCAGUCCAUAUCUGUACGUACACUUAAGAACAGCUCAGUUCUUAAUACACUGAACCAAAGGCUUUAUCCCACUCCUGUUGUCAUUGUCCUAACAACACUUGCCCCAGUCUGUUUGGAUAAACACCGUUACUGCUCCUCCAGAGCACAGACCGCAGUGAGUUUUUUAGCUCCCUAAUAUUUUGCUUAUUGAUACUAAAAUAACAGGUUUGAAGCAAUAGUUUGGAAAAUGGUUUGACUUUCGGAAAACACCAUUUAAUUCUCUGAACUUGGUCAUGGGAGUUGAUCUCGUACACACAAAUAGAUUUUGAACAGUCUGAAGUAAGUGUGUGAGAGAGAGAGAAGAGAGCGUGAGUACUUAGACUUGGUCUGCACACAGACUUACCUACUAUAUAGUUGAGAGUUUGUUGUUUGGUCAGUCUGUCCAUCUGUUCAAGAACUUCUCCUAAAUGGUAAGUGCCAGGACCACCAAAUUCAGUAUCCAGCUUCCUCGUAUCAUAACUUUAAAGCAAAGUAAGGGUUUCAUUUUUUAGGGGGGAAAUCUUUUAUUCAGGAUGGGAGAGCAAGAAGUAUAGCUCUCACACCUGGCAAACUCCCUUUAUACUAAAGCUGUUGAUAUGCCAUGACCUUUAGAGCCCAUAGAUCGUAUUCCUAAACCAGGGUUAUAGUAGAGGACAAUGGGAUGUGGCUGGAAUGCCAUUAUUUCUCAUAAAACAGAAGGGGAGGGCUCUGGUAUCCUGAAUAACUACAGGGGGGGGGCAGCAUGGGGCCAGAGUUGAGGACCAGGACUGCUCUAAACCCAUUUGGGCAGUAGGGAGCAGGGAUGGUGAAAGAGACAGUUAUCUACUAUAUAUUUGAGCAAGUCUGUCUGUCUGUCUGUCCAACCUUCCAUUGACUGCCUGCUGCAGCGGCCUUGGACACGUGCUUCUCACCUAUCCCUAAGCUGCUGCAGUGGUAGAAGGCUGGGUGGUAGAAGGCCCCUCUCCCUGCAGCAGUCUGCACGCUUUCAUCUCUAGCCCCACCCCAGAGCAAUGACUUAAAUGAAGAAAAACAAAACUUCUUUGCAUUAAGAAUCUGGCUAUCGCUGAGUCACUCAGGUGUGACAAAUCCACAGCCAUGAGCAAUGCAAUUGUACUGACUUCAAUCGUGUUGUGUACUGCAGUGUGCCGCAGAAGAGCUUCUGGUGACUGAGCCUACUGCCCCUUGGGGAAUUGGAGUGUCUACGCCUACACCUAUGGGAGAUGAGACGCUCUCAUGUUGGUGUAGGUUACACUUUACUAAGCACUGCAGUGUUGUAUGUUAAACUUGCUCUACAAUGAUUGUCAUCAAUAUAAUGUGUUACGUUGAAUCACAGAUUUUCUUUCCUUAUCUGGCCAUUGUCCCUGCCUGCUACUCUGCUAUAUCCCUGAUUUAGGAAUAGGAUCUAUGGGUUCUGAAGGUCAUGACAUAUCACCAUCUUUGGUAUAAAGGGGGUUUGCCAAGCCAUAAGAUCUAUAGCUCUAUGUUCACCAUUCUGCCAAAAAAGGAUAUUUUUCCCUAAAAAUUGCAAGGAUCUUCCAUUGUUUGUGGUCUUGCAAUUAGGAAAUGCACUUCUUUAAAAAGCCACUUAUUGAUGUCUGAACAAAUAACCCAGUUUACUGGCUUAAUGAGAAUCUUGACCCUGCCCUAAUUUUGUUGGUUUUAUAGCCAGAUGCUGUUGCAGUUUGGAGUCUCCAAAGUCACACUUGAUGCUUCCAGAUAAUGAUUUUAGCUUCAAGGGGAUGUGAAUAUUUCCGGAAAUUUGUGGAGUGAGUCCCAAAUUCAUUUGGAUUUACAGAAAACAUAUUCAUGAUUAAUUUUUUCUUUUUCUCUUACCUGAAAACAGUAGUAGAAUUGUGAGAGACAUGAAGCUAUGAGGACUUCAUAUUGUACUCUUUCCUCAUGUGAGUUGUCUCAUUGACUCUCUUUCCAGAGUCAAAAGACCACUCAGGUAUUUAAGAACUAUUUCAAAUCUAUAUUUUUCUCCAGGCUAACCUGUAUCUUCUCUGAAACAUAUCUUAAUGCAAAGCUGUGAUGUUGUUUCCUCUGUGCUUUGUCUGGUCCCUGCUGCUGUGCUUUAGAUCAGCAGUUCCCGACCACCAGUCCACGGACCAGGGCUUCACACCCCUGCUUGCUGGGCCGCAGCACCCUGCCAGGCCAUGCCCCUAGCUGCUAAUAACCUCUGCCUGCUGGGGACCUUCAUUCCCUAUAAGAUGCAUGCCUGCAUGCAUGCACAAAAUUGUCCUCCCACCCGACCUCGGUGAGUGACGCUGUGGGCAGCUGGGUGUGCUGUGGUUGGAGCCGAGCCGCGGUGAAGCUGACCCUGGUUCUUGCUCUGUGGCUGCUCUUGGGGAAGGGAUGCUCUGGGGGUGGCUGGGCCAUAUGGCCCUAAACCGUGGAGGCUGGUUUGGAACCUCCUGAUAGGGUGGCCCGGACUGAGCAUGGGCCACCACUACCCAGGCGGCUGGGAUGGGGUGAGAGGACAAGACUGGAGUCACUGCUCUGCCACUUUCAGCCCAGCCUCUCCCCAGCUUGGUCCCCCUUUUUUCCCCUCCCUUCUUCCUUUUGGCCACAGCCCCCUUUCUCCUGCCCUGUCUGCUAUACCCCCUUGCUUCUCUCUUUGGAAUGUGGCAGACUCCUUCGAAACUCCUGCUGCGUUGCAUUAAAGUUUUCCUUUCCUUUCCUUUUUUAAAAUAAUCCCGAGGCCAAAGCCAUGGUUGGCUCCCAGCAGAGGGAGAUUUUCCUUUCGUCCCAUUUUCUCCUUUGCAGAGUUGCUCAAUCAUUUUCUUGUGGCAAAAAUGUUUGCAAUGUUUCAUGUACGGAUGUAAGUGACUAGUCGACUACCUGAUAAGCCUCUGCUUUUUAAAUGUAUAAAGAGCCUGAGGGCUAACCCUGUCCUGGCUCUGCAGUUUUCUCCCCUUUUCAACUAAUCGAGUAGUCAAUGGAAAUUUUGUUGACUUCUUGAUUAGCUAAUUACCCACAAUUUAACAUCCCUAGUUUCCUGACCUUAGUGCCAAAGCUGGAAAAUACGAAUGUGCCGAAUGUGUCAGACCUGUUAACUACUGCCUCUAAUUCUGGUCCAAUUGAGGCAAAAAGUUUGGACUGGAGAAUACUCUUUAAUAAAAAGUAUUAGCAACUAUUUUAUUGAUUUAAAA